AGUGUAUAGAUGAUUUAUAUUUAACCUAAACUUAAUCAAGUAGUCCUUUUUUUGUUGUUGUCAAACAUCAAGUCCUUAAACUUAGAAACUGAAGAGAUGUUUUUAUAAGAAACAGUUCUCAUCGUCCAAAGAGGAAACAACCAUGGAUACAGUGAAGGUUGAAACCAUUGGUAGAGAGAUCAUAAAGCCAUCAAUUCCAACUCCAAAUGAUCUUCGAACUCUUCAACUCUCUUUUAUGGAUCAGAUAAUAGCUCCGGUUUAUGCCGUUGCAUUUAUUUUCUAUACCAAAGAUGAUUUGAUCUCUCAAGAACAAACUUCCCAAACUCUCAAAACUUCCCUGUCCGAGACCUUGACAAAAUUCCACCCUUUCGCUGGAAGAGUCAAUGGAUUCACCAUCGACAGUAGCGACGAAGGAGCUGUCUUUGUGGACGCACGCGUCGAUAACUGCACUCUCUCUACUUUUCUGAGAGACCCAGAUAUGAAAUCUCUCCAACAGUUGCUUCCUGUAGAGGCCGCCGAGACCAAUUCGACAUGGCCAUUGCUUCUUGUGCAAGCAACCUACUUCAAGUGUGGUGGCAUGGCGAUCGGAAUCGGCAUCUCCCAUAAGCUUGGCGAUGCAGCCGCUCUAUCGUAUUUCAUCCAAUUUUGGGCUGCCACAGCUCGAGGAGAGAGCGACUCGGUGGCCAAUCCUGACUUUUCUUUCACAAAGCUUUACCCACCAGCACAAGAAGCCAUUACAAUUGCAGGGGAGGAUCAGCUAGGUAAAAGAAAAAUUCUCACGAAGAGAUUUGUGUUUGUGGCGUCUAAGAUCGAAGAGCUCAAGAAGAAAGUCGCUAGUGAUGCCGUGCCUCGACCUACGCGGGUCCAGAGUUUGACUUCACUUAUAUGGAAAUGUGUUGUGGCUGCAUCGACAGACACAGUUCGUGAGAAAGUUCUGUACCAAGCGAAUAACUUGCGGUCCAAGAUACCCACCCUUUUGUCGGAAAACCUAAUGGGUAACCCCUUGUUCUCCACCCUGACCUUGAAUGGAAAAGGUCAGAUGGAGAGUGUAGAAAUUGUUAAGGAACUACAAAAAAGAAACGAGGAGUUAUCCCAUUUAAUCCAACAUGAGGAAGGGUCAUCAGGUUUGACGAUAGGUUCGAAAUUGCUUGGUGCAAUGGCGGCUACCAAGUUUAGCUACGAGCUUUAUGACAUGCACGUUGUAACUAGCUGGUGCAAGAUGCCUCUUUAUAAGACUUGCUUCGGGUGGGGAUUUCCGGUUUGGUUCACUGGAAAUGUUUCUCCAAUUCUAGAAAAUGUGACUGUGUUGAUCGACUCUAAGGACGGACAAGGAGUUGAAGCAUGGGUGACACUGCCUCAAGAGGAGAUGUUACAGUUCGAGCAAAGCACCGAACUGCUAUACUUUGCCUCCCCAAAUCCACGUUAUCUCUUAUCUAAGAUGUAACUUUCUUUAAAAUGUUCUCCAUCAGAUGUGACGUUUCUUUUUACAUGUUUUUAUCAUAUAACAAAUAAUUAAAUAAAUCCGAUUUCAUGGAAUGGAUCACCGGAGAUAUCGAAAUGCUUAAAGUCAACAGUUGUUUGCUUC